ACGCCUCCUCUUCCCUGCGCAGCUCCGGAGAUGGCUGCGGAGAACACCGGGGCGGCCCCGGCCGCUGUGCCGUCCUGUUUGGAAGGGAAAGGCCCCGGGGAGCGGGCGGCCAUCCUCCACCAGCACCUCGGCCGCAGGGAAAUGACCGACGUGAUCAUUGAGACCAUCCAGCCGCGGCCAGAUGAGACAAAAGCUGCCGUGGAAGGAAGAAAAUCUUCAGAGGCUGCAUCUGCCGAGGAUAAAAAUAAACAUGACGAUCAAAGUAAAGAGCGUGAGGCUGCUCCAGACUCACCAUCAAAACAGCUCCCUGACCAGAUUUCCUUCUUCAGCGGGAAUCCCUCGGUUGAAAUUGUUCACGGCAUUAUGCACCUGUACAAAACAAACAAGAUGACCUCUCUAAAAGAAGAUGUGAGGCGCAGUGCCAUGCUGUGUAUCCUCACCGUCCCUGCCACGAUGACCAGCCAUGACCUGAUGAAGUUUGUGGCCUCCUUCUACGAAGUAAUCGAGCACAUGAAAAUCAUCCGAGAUUCCACUCCAAACCAGUACAUGGUGCUGAUAAAGUUUAGCUCGCAGGCUGAUGCAGAUAGCUUUUACAUGGCGUGCAACGGCCGGCAGUUCAACUCUAUAGAGGAGGAUGUUUGCCAGCUGGUGUACGUGGAAAGGGCUGAAGUCUUCAAAUCAGAAGAUGGGGCCAGCCUGCCUGUGAUGGAUCUGACGGAGCUCCCGAAGUGCACGGUGUGCCUGGAGAGGAUGGAUGAGUCCGUGAACGGGAUCCUUACCACGCUGUGUAACCACAGCUUUCAUAGCCAGUGUCUGCAGCGGUGGGAGGACACCACGUGUCCUGUCUGCAGGUACUGCCAAACGCCUGAGCCAGUGGAAGAGAACAAGUGUUUUGAGUGUGGAGUUCAAGAAAACCUCUGGAUCUGUUUAAUAUGUGGGCACAUAGGCUGCGGCCGGUACGUGAGUCGACACGCUUACAAACACUUUGAGGAGACCCAGCAUACCUACGCGAUGCAGUUGACCAACCACAGAGUCUGGGAUUAUGCUGGAGAUAACUACGUCCAUCGACUGGUUGCAAGUAAAACUGAUGGGAAGAUAGUUCAGUAUGAGUGUGAGGGAGAUAUGUGUCAGGAAGAGAAAAUUGAUGCCUUACAAUUAGAGUACUCGUAUUUGCUAACGAGCCAGCUGGAAUCACAGCGAAUCUAUUGGGAAAACAAGAUUGUCCGAAUAGAAAAGGAUACGGCUGAAGAGAUUAACAACAUGAAGACCAAAUUUAAAGAGACCAUUGAGAAGUGUGACAGUCUGGAACAGAGGCUGAAUGACUUGCUCAAAGAAAAGCAGUCUGUCGAAAGGAAGUGCUCUCAGCUGAAUAACAAAGUGGCUAAACUCUCCAACGAGCUGAAGGAGGAGCAAGAACUGAAUAAGUGCUUGCGAGCGAAUCAAGCCUUGCUUCAGAACAAACUAAAGGAAGAGGAGAGAGUGUUAAAGGAAACGUGUGAACAGAAGGACCUGCAGAUCUCCGAGAUCCAGGAGCAGUUGCGGGAUGUCAUGUUCUACUUAGAGACGCAACAGAAAAUCAAUCACCUCCCCGCUGAGACCCGACAGGAGAUUCAGGAAGGACAGAUCAACAUUGCGGUGGCGUCUUCUGCCAGCUCCUCCACGGGGAGCACGGGCAAAGCUUCUUCCAGGAGAGGCCGUGGCAAGAGGGGCAAAUGAAAAUUGGAACGCCCUGCUCCCGUACUGGAACUGGCCAUACUGGUGGUAGGCCAGGCUCACCGCUCGGGACUCCGGCUGGGAACACCCAGUUCACUAAAGCUCAGCUAGAAAUUGUCUUCAGAGCUGCUUAUAAACCUGGCUGCCAGUCAGUGGAGGUGUCUGUGGUAUUUAAAAGCAUUUCACUGCACUAUUUAGCUAUUUUUAGGCAGAUCUUAAUGACCAUUUUGCCUUCCUACCUUUUCAGAGCCCCUCCUAUCAUGCAUUUGACUUUCUUCUUGGAGAGUGUACUGUUUUGGGGUGGGUGGGUGUGUAAAUGUGAACAUCGCAUUCCCUAAGGGGAUGCUGUAGAGUAGGCUAGGCCCAGUGUGUAAGGCUUUUCCAGUUCUCCUGGAUUAAAAGUAUUCUCAGUUAAGAAAUUACUUUAUUUAAUAAACAGUGUAAAUUAGAUUAUAUCCAUCUCCUUUUAGUACGUGCAGUCCUGACACUGCAGAACUGCCAGCGCAGGAGUAGAACUGUAGUUUGGGAAUGAGGAGUGAGGUGUGGAGGAUAAACCAUCUUAGUGGUGUAAGAAACCGAACGAGUCCUAAAGGCUUGUAAUCUAGGAUAUUAAACACUUCAAGGGACUUUUCUACUGUUUCUUCAUUUUUAAAGAUGGCAUCUGCAAGGCCAGCACUUGCCGCCUUCGGGGCGGAAAGCGUGAAAAGUUUUCUAUUCUGGAAACGUGGUAAUUUCUAUAAAGUCAAUGGGGAAGCCUGGGACAGGUGCUGCACCGACAGCUCCUGCAGCGCUCCCACCCCCUGCAGCGGGCUGUGGGCGCGUGUCCCCCCCGCCCCGCACUGGGGGGUGUUGGCACAAUUCUGGGGUGCCGUCCCCCUCGGCGGGAGGUGAGGCGAAGGACUAAGGCGGCGUUUUCCGAGCUCCGCUCUGCUCCGCCGCGGCUGGGCCCGGCCUUUCCAGCUGCAGGGCCCUCACAGCUGGAUGCAGCUGCUGUUUCCAGGGACUGGGAUCACUUCGUGCUGCUCUAAAACGUGGCACUGGCCAAGCUCUCAAUUGGCAAAACUUGCGUGUUAUUUGCUUCAGAGGUGUGCAGAUCCAUAGAGGAAAUUUGAGGAGAAAUCUGUUGGGCUUUUUUUUUUGGUUGGUUUUCACUUAGAAUAUAUAGCAGAUUUGAUGCUCUAGGGUGGGAAGAGUUUUACCCUGGUUGGAGAAGUGACUGUCCUGGUUUUGCUGUGUUGCGCUCAGCAGUCCGAGCAUGUAAAGGCUAAUUCUUUAUUAAAAAUGGCUGGGGAAUUUCAGACCAUAGUAGGAUCCUUUGCUGUCGUUUGAACCACAGGGACAGCCGUGAUUUUAGUCUGUAACACUGAAAACGCAGCUCUGGCUUACCAGCUCCAAACUGGAACAAAGAAAGAAAACAGCUAGCCCUUUAUUGCUAGAAGUUGUUCUUUUUGGCCAGUUGAAAGGAACGAGUUACAAUGACUAGACUGACUCUCGGAAGGUGAGUUGUUACAAUCGGCUUCCUGACUUUAUGGACUGGAAGCGUUGAACUUCCUCACUUUGAAAUACAGGGCGCUUGUUAGUGCACCCACUGCAUCCACUGCUUGGGUUUGGAGACCUGCCCCAACCAUCAGGAACUUCAACCUUUUCUAACUUUGUAGCGUGAAUGUACACUAACUCUUUUCUAGUGUGUGGAUUGUACAACCAGACCUCUGCCUUCUGUAAAUUAUUCUAAGGACCUAGAGAUGUACAACACAGCUUGCUCUCCUAUAGAAACUAUUUUAUUUAAGAUAUAUUUUUACACCAUCUAAGAUCCUCUGACCUUUUGCUGAAAGCUUGCUUUGUGUAGAACACUAAGAUGCUGUACUGUAUCUUGGAAUUCAUUUUCAAAAAAUGUGAUUGAAAAUUAAACCAGCGUGCAGUA